GAGUUGUUCUUCAGUUUGGUUUUUCUUUUGCUCCAUUUCUCUCAAGAAAAGAAAAGAAAAGAAAGAGCUGGACACUUCCAACUGUUCACUUUGAAGGCUAAUUCUUCACAUUGCUAAGUCAAGAGGGUGCAGAAAAUGUGAAAAAGAACUUGCAAACUUGUGGCACGAAGGAGAGAGUUGCUCAGCAGUCCGAGUGGAGGUAGUGGAAAACAACCUGUUCCUACUUCAUUGAUAACUUGUUAUCCUAAAGAGAAGAAUUCUCAUAAUGCAUCACGGUCCACCAUCCACGUAGAAAACCCGAAGAGAAGUAUGUUAUUGAUUUCUUCCCCUUCCUAGACAACCACCAGCUGUGAGAAUGAAUUUUCUAGACAAAAUCGAGGAGACAAUUUUCGAUUGGGUGCUUGCAGCACUUGGAUGUGUGCUUGCAGCACUUGGAUGUUUGUUGGGUUAUCUGUUUCGCUACAAAACUACCGUUGAUAAUCUCAAAACCCAAGUUGAGGAGCUGCGACGGGCCAGAGAUAGACUGCAACAUGAUGUUGAUACUGCUAUAAGGAAUCUAAUGAAAAUUGAAGCUGAUGUUGAGAGACGGCUUACCGAAUCUGAUGAUAUAAUAGCAGGGGCAGAGAAAAUCCUUGAAGAUGAUAACAAGGGAUGGUAUCUUAAUAUGAUGUUCCGUUAUCAAGUGAGCAAGAGGGCAGACAAGGCAGCAUCGGAAGCCAAGAAUUUGAAGGAUGAGAUAUCAAAGAUCAAUGGCGUUGGCUAUCGUGAGUCUACACAAGUGGUAGAGACCGUGACAUCAAAUAGAGGGUAUGAGGCCUUUGAAUCAAGAAAGCCAACAAUAACUGGAGUUCUAGAGGCACUAAAAGAUCCUGAUAUCACUAGGAUUGGAAUUCACGGUAUGGGAGGUGUUGGGAAAACCAUGCUAGUCAAAGAAGUUCUAAAACAAGCUGAGAAAGACAAGUUGUUUGACAAGUACCUUUUUUUAGUUGUAUCCAAUGAUCCAGACUUGAAAAGGAUUCAAAGGGAAAUUGCGGAGCAAUUAGAUCUAAAACUUGAUGUGGAGAGUGAACUAGUAAGAAGAGAUCAACUACGUAAGCGAUUGAAACAAGAGAAUAGGGUCCUUAUAAUUUUGGAUGACAUUUGGAAGUACCUGGACUUGGAAGCUCUUGGGAUUUUUUCCUGUGGAGAUGAUAAUAAGGGGUGCAAGUUAUUGUUGACGUCCGGAUUUUAUAAUGUAGUAUGCAAUGAUAUGGAUACCCAAAAGCAGUUUGAAGUCAAAGUUUUCUUAAACGAUGAAGCGAGAAACUUAUUUGAGAAGAUAGUUGGUGAUUUAGCUAAAACCUCUGAAAUUAAACUAACUAUGCUUCAAAUUGUCGAAGAAUGUGCUGGAUUACCAAUUGCCAUUACAACAGUUGCAAAUGCAUUAAAAAAUAAGAAAAACCCACGUAUUUGGAAAGAUUUCCUCAAUCAAUUGAAGAUGUCUAGCCCAAGAGAGAUCGAGGGAAUGAAUGAGAAGGUGUACAAAAGUAUAAAGAUGAGUUAUGAGUUUUUACAAAGUAAUGAAGCAAAGUCAUUAUUGUUGCUUUGUAGUCUACAUGGAGAGGAUUACGACAUAAAAGUAGAAGACUUGUUGAGAUAUGGAGUGGGUUUGGGCUUGUUUGAUAACGUGGAUACAAUAGAGGGUGCGAGAUGUAGGGUGCACUCAUUGGUUGAAAGACUCAAAGGUUCUAGCUUGUUGUUGGAUGGUAAUUAUAAUGGAAGAGUCAAAAUGCAUGACGUAAUUCGUGACGUCGUCAUUAAUAUUGCAGCUGAAGAGAGGCAUAUGUAUACUAUAAGAACUGUUAAUGAAUUGCAAACUCGGUCUAAACGUAAAGAUACAGUUGCAAUUUCGUUGCCUUACAUUAAUGGUGAUUUAGACCUUCCUAAUCAGUUUGAAUGUUCAAAGCUUGAGUUACUUUUGUUGUUCUACCAAAGAGUUGAUUUCCGUAUUCCAGAUUCAUUUUUUGGAGGGUUAAAGGAUCUCAAGGUGUUGAAGUUAUCUAGAACCUGGUCUGGAGUACUUCCUUCAUCACUUUCCUCCCUUGAAAACCUCCAAACAUUGUGUUUAGAGGGUGAGGUACAGAAUGCAAUCAUAAUUGGAGAACUGAAGAAUUUGAAAGCUCUUAGCCUUUCCUCGUAUGAUACUGAACGGUUACCAAAAGAGAUAGGGCAGCUGACUCACCUUCAGUUACUAGAUUUGAGAGGAUGUUCCAAACUUAAAUUUAUUCCACCCAAUGUGUUAUCUAAUCUGAAGAGGUUAGAAGAAUUAUAUUUGCCAGAUGAUGUUGAAUGGGAGGUGGAAGUACAAAGCACAGAAAAAAUUAAUGCAAUGUUCUCAGAGUUGGAUCAUUUGUCUCACUUGACCAAGUUACAUAUAUGUAUUAAGAAUGCAAAGAUUCUUCCAAAAGCCAUGGUUUUUGAAAGGUUGGAAAGCUAUAGAAUAGCCAUAGGCAGUGCUUGGCUCCGGAAUGAAACUUCGGAAACUCCACGAAUUUUAAAGCUCAAUAUAAUCUUGGAAUCGGACUAUGGGUAUAAAGUAUUAUUGAGGAAAUGUGAAUCUCUCUUUUUGGGUAAAAUGAAGGGUGUUAAAAAUAUUCUAUACGAAUUAGAUUCGGAAGGUUUUCCAUGUUUGAAGCAUCUCAAGGUCGAGGAAAAUGAUGAGAUUCAGUAUAUUAUCAAGUCUAUGGGAGUUCGAGGAGUCUUUCCUAUCUUGGAAUCAAUUAAUCUAUUGUAUGUGAACAAUUUGGAACGGAUAAGCUACACGCGACUUCCAACAGAGUCUUUUUGUAACUUGAGAGUGGUAAAAGUGAGCAACUGUCGUAAGUUGGAAUUUGUCUUCUCCUCAUCUAUGGUUGGAUGCUUUUCACACCUGCUGGAAAUGAAUAUAGAAGAUUGCAAGAUAAUGAGUGCAAUAGUUGCGAUAGAAAGAGAAGAAGAAAUUGAGGUCAAUAGUGACGACAGCAUUAUGUUUGCAAAUCUCCAUUCUCUGAAAUUAAGGAAGUUAUUCAAGUUAAUAGGCUUCCUUUCUAUUGUCAAUUCUCAUGUACUUUUCAACGGGAAGGUUGUCUUUCCGAACUUGGAGGAAUUGGAAAUAGAAGGCAUGGAUAGCAUGAUGAUGAUUUGGCCCAAUCAACUCAUUUCAGAUUGCUUUGGCAAAUUAGAAACAAUGACCGUUUCAGGUUGCAGAAAUCUUACCUAUAUUGUUCCGCCGAAUAUGUUAAGAACGCUCCAGAAUCUAAAAGUAUUGAAUAUAUAUGAUUGCGACUUCUUAGAAGAGGUGUUUGAAAUUCAAGGGACAAAUAAUGUUGAAGAAUCAUGUGACAUAGCCGCCGCUGAACUUAUAUCCUUAACAUUAAGAAAUUUGAAAAACGUGAAGCACAUAUGGAGUAUGGAUCCUCAAGGAAUAAUCACCUUUGCAAAAUUAUGUACCAUAGAAAUUAAACGUUGUUGGAGUCUAAAAAGUGUUUUUCCAACAUCUGUGGCGAAGGCUUUUUUACAGCUUGAGCGGCUAACGAUAUGGGAUUGUGCAACGGUGGAGGAAACCGUAGCAAAAGAAGAAGGAAUAGAGGCAACCACUUUGUUUGUAUUCCCAAAAUUGACCACUCUAAGACUUCACAAUUUGCCAGAUCUCAAGAGUUUAUAUCCAGAAAGGCACACUUCAGAAUGGCCGUCGUUGAAAAGUUUGGACAUUAAAAAAUGCAACAAAUUGAAAAUUUUUGGUUCCAAUAAGUCAAGCAUGCAAGAAACAAAUGGACUGGGCCAUUAUACUAGUCUUAUUCAACAACCCCUCUUUUUCAUUGAAAAGGAAGGGAAAGGGUGGGCGUGUUUGAACCUGCGACAUGGGAAUUAAAAUAUAAAGGAAGUGGGGGAUGGUGUCAUUCAGGCUACAAGCCAAUCAACAAUAAUUGGCCAUCAGAUUCCCUUUCAAAUAUUUUUACUUUUUUUAUAUCAGUGUAUAUAUGCUGUUUAACAUCUCACUAAGUUCUUUAAAUUUGCCUCUCUUAAAUCAAAAAUUUUUUAUCUUAGGUGACCUCUAAUUUUCUGUUCUAGACACCAUUGAAGCCAAAUUCGCUUUCCACCACAAUAAGGCAAAAUUAUGUAGUGUCCCUUAAGCCUAUGUGCGAUGGAUAGACUUAUGCAACAAUGACAUGACAGAAUUUGUUCAUUUAAGCAUAAUUUCAUUUCUUUAUAAAAUAAAAGAAAGGUAAUGGUUAAAGUUUUAGGGAAAACGGUGGUUCAACUUGUCAUUGGUUAUCAAUUUUUGUAUUUUAUUUUUGUAAAUUUUUUUGGGUUGAUGAUUUGUGUACUAUAUUUGUUAGGGCUUAUAUGUGGUUGUUUAGACUAAUUUGUAAUGUUGUUUUUGUUAAUUUGUGGAGUUGUUUGCACUAAU